AUGCUCCUUCCCUACGUCACCUCCUCUUGUUCGGUGGUCGUCUUGUCUUUCAUGCAUCGUUACUGGGCGGCGUUAUUGGUUCUUGUUGCACCUUCGUUAGGUCGGAUCGCUCUUCUCAAACUGCCGCGUAG